AUGACCUCCUUCGAUACGGCGGAGCACAGAGUGGGCACACACAUCCACCUGGACCGGUCCAGGUGGAGGAUUGUGUCCAAGGUCAACGAACACGUCUUCCCAUUCGACCGCGAGGAUGCAGAGACCUUCGACAUUCGCCCGUAUGUCUGUGCCAGGUUCCGUGUGCGGAAGGUCCAACAGGGCCCUCAAGAAGAGGCCUUCAUGCGCGUGUACAAGCAGAUCCCCAUCCUAGGAUCGGAGUUCAACACCGCGGAGGAAAUCGCCCGGCAAGCCAAGCCGCAGGUGCCCACCGAGGUGAAGGCCUUUCAGCGGUUUUCGUCCCUGCACCUAAGCCCGGAUUGCACUCCAACCCUCCUCGACAGUAGGACGGAGCAGCAAGGGGACGGGGACCGUGUCCCGGGGGGGUUCAUAUACACCAUCAUCUGGAGCAUUGUGCCAGGAAUCCGCCUGGGCGAUGACCUCGGCUCGCAGACCUUUUGGAACUUGCCUCGUGAAGAGCGAGAUCUGAUCCGAGCUGAAUUCAGAGACAAGCUUCCGGCUCUCUAUUCGUGCGGGUAUAUACCCUAUGUAGGAGCGACCCAGAACCUUGUUUGGGACGGAACUGGCCGGAGACUUUACUUCGUCGGUUGGCUCAACUGCCUUCCUCUGAGACCAAACGAUAUCGACCUGCCUUUCAGUCCCAUGCGCUGGGCGAGCUGGGGGCUAGCGGCAGCGCCCAGAAUUCCUUUCCCCAGCCCCACGUGGCAAGGAUCCAUCGAUAGCUGGGAGCUUUAG